AUGGUCUCCAUUCCGAUGAGUUCCUCUUUGAGCCUACUCCUUCACAGAGGAGGCGGUGGACGGCGUGGCGGAAAGAGUGGAAGAGAUGGCGGAGCAUUUCAUCUUGUUGUUACAUUGCUCUCAACUCUGAUCAACAAUGAUGAAGUUGCAUCAACAGCUCACUCAUUUUUGGAGGCGAAUAGUGGAGUUGAUGUGUGCCAAAAGAUUCUUCAAAUAUGGGAUAGUAGGUUGAAGCCAUCGACACAAGUAGUUUUGGCUGUGGCUUCGGAGAUGAAAAAGCUGCAGAAACAUAAAGACCAUUUAAGGAUUAAUCUCACAAAAGCUGAAGAGGAGGUUAUAGUCUUGUGUGAUGAAAACAUCUUAGACAAAGAAAACGCCAUAUUCUUGAUUCUGGUGGGAAGCAUAGCAACGAUCCAACAAGGUGCAAAAUCUUAAACGAAAAUCAAGUCCGUGUCCUAAAGAGGGAAGUCCCAUUGAGAAGAAAAUAGACUUCAGUGAUGCUGCUGGGUCACCAAGGAAACCACUGUCUCCAUUGUUGCAUAACAAGUAUCAAGAUCCUUUUCAGAAAAAAGAUUGUUUCAGAGGUUAUAACUAACUAGGGGUUGAACUUCCAACUGAUGCAGCGGAAAACCUUUUGGAAAGGUUGUAAUUAGUUUUGAAAUCGGACGAUAUUUAGGGUAUCAGGUUCGGUGGAAAAUGAUAUAAAGGAAAACUGAUUUUGAGACUGACAAUGUAUUUGAUAUAUGUUGGAUCGAGACAAAUUUAUAUCACAAAUAAAAGUAAGACAUUCUCAACAAUA